UAAGCCUGCAUACGCAUGCAUUUAUGUGUAAUUAUGUGUGUAUAAUAAUUUAUAAUAGAAGACAUUGCCCUCUUACUCCAAAUUCACCCCCUCUUUAUGUUGGCUAAGCACAAAAUAGCAGAAAAAUCAGUUUAUUCAACUAUGAAAUUGAUGGCCAUGGCUGCUGCUGCCUGCUAUUAGUGUCGUCUGUCUGGUUGCAUUGCUCUCGCCGCAAAUGUUAUGUGUGUGCAUGUGUAUUCUUGCACCAUAAACUUGACCUUAAACUUGUUCGGCGAGUUCUUGCACAAAAUCUGCAAGAGCAUCGAUGCAGCACUAACAACCAAGGCACCUCCACAGAGCAGCAAGUUAAAGCACAACAGCAACUACUCAGCAAUAUUUUGCACUGUGAUGAUUAAGACAAAAACAAACAAAAGUUAAAUGUACCAAAUCCAAAAACAAAACCAUUUUACUUCGAACGACGAAGACGCCACAAUGAUGACGACGACGACGACAACGACGAGUAGUCAUUAAAUCGCACAACUAGACAGCAAAAUUCAAGACAAAAACCCAACAAUGGGGGGAGGCCAAGAAAUACUCGUAGAGAAAAACAGAAAAUGCAAUCAAGUAUAAGCGGCCGUGUAGAAUGCAUGGACAAAAAAACUCAUGCACGCACCUACAAAAACAUAGAGACAAGGCAAAUAAACAAACAAACAAGCAAGCAAGCAAACCAAAAAAGAAAACAUGGUGACGCCAAAUUCGGUAUUUUUAGACCAGUGUCAAGAAACGGCAACAGCAGAGAUGGCAGCAGCAACACCACCACCACUAUAACUUAAUAACAAAACAUUUUAAACAUCCUUCGUUCACCAUUUCCACCUUCUCUUCACCCAAGCAAUGCGUGUUCUUGCAGCACACACACCAAAUUCAUGCUCAAUUAUGAGCUUUACUCAGUCCCAAUUGCUUUGCUCACGAAUUGCAUUUGCAGCGCUGCACUGCCUGCAUCUUAUCAAAAAGCCAUUAUGGCAUAAUUCUGCCUUUAAAAUAAUAACAAGAUAGAGUGAGAGAGAGAGGGAAUGUAUGAGAGAGCAAAGCAAUCCAAACUUGAAAUUUUGGCGAAUCCAAGUUUAAAGCUCUUUUUCUCAUCAGCAAGAAAAGCUUGUUAUAGUUGGUCUUGUGUAUGUUGGCGGAACACCGUCUUGGUGCCACCUAAGCCAUUGGCUUUGGAAUGGGGGGGAUUUUUCCCGAAACUGGGAUUUUUAUGCCCCCCACUAUAGGAUGGGAGCAUACAAAUUUCGCCAUGCCUCGAAAUAUUCGUCUAAUACCCCAUAAACCGCUUUCAACAAUGUUAACAAAUGUCCUCCCAUAUUGAAUUGCACCAACAAGUACCACAGCAAAUAAAUGGCUAAGACACGAAUCAAAACAACACCAACACGUAUGCAAAAGGAGGCUUUAACAGCCUCGGCGGCGGUAAAUACAUCCACCAACAGUAGAAUAGUCACCGAACAUGUCCUUAAGAAACGACUUUGUGCUUUAACUCACAACUCCAAUGGAGCCAAGGAAGCAAUACAACAGCAACAACAGCCCACAAUAAUUGUACAACCACCACCGAAACGUACCACCUCCAUAUCAUCUGCCACCUCGACAAUAUCGCAUACCAGUGAUGGCCCAUGCAGCAGCAUUGAAUCACCGCCCCCGCCUAACAGUUGUAGCAGUGGAAGUAGCAGCAGCACCAGCACCAUCACCACUUGCAAUGGUCCCACCAUGGAUGAACUUACCGAGAAUGCCAUAAAAACAUUGAAUGCUGGUUUGCUGGCUAAGACCCAUGCCUUGGCCCUAAAAAAUCGCAAGGUCUAUAUGAUCACAGAGAAAUGUGAUGACACUAGCCUAGGAGGAAAUAAUAGUUGUGGCGGGGGCAUGGGUAGUAAUAUUGGCAUUGGUGGUGGCAAUGCAAAUGGUGCAACCGGAAGUUUGAAGACGGGUGGAGCUCAAAAACGAAAAAUGUACUUAAUAAUGGAGGAGAAAGAGACUGAGGACAAGACGGCUGCUAACGGUGGUUUCAGGGGUGAUAGUCAGGCGGAAAAGUUUCUAAAAUCAGAAGGCAUCAGCAAUGGCACCACCAAGAAACUGACACUUUUCACCGACACCACCAAUGGUCAAUUGCCACAGAAAAUAGAGAAAAUCCUGCCCGAAAUACUCAAUUGCAUACAGGCCAAAGGAGCUGCUGCUGCAGCGGCAGCUUGUAGCAGUGCUACUCUCAAUAUUGGCAAUGGUUUAGCAGCCACCAUUGUGUCUAGCGCCAGUAAUGGAGCUACAAGCCAUAAUAAUCGGUCUACUACAAGCCUAGACCAAAAUGCAAAAGCCUUUAAUGGCAAUGACAACGACAACAACCCAAAACUACGCUUAAAAGCCGACAAGGAUAAUAACGAAAGACUGCCUUUAACACUGCCACCAAAAAAGAACCGUACCAAAAUCAUCACCACACAAAUCAUACCAGUCAAUCAGUAUCAUCAGCAACAUCAUCAUUCACCGUCCCCUACGCAGGAUCAUAUAAGCUCUAAUGGCGAUUUGAAAAUAGCCUCCAUUCCGGCGUCCACUUUGAGCAUAAAUGCCAAUGGUAAAACACCAGCUUCUGGCCAUUAUGCCAGAGCAAUCGACAAAGGUGAAAAAUCAAGUGCCACACCGGUCAUUGUUAAUGCCAACACGCUAACGACAAUGGCCAACAGCAAUAAUGGUAACAUCUACAGCAGCAAUGGUGCUGCUGGCAACACCACCAUCAUCAAGGCGAACAGCAAUAAGCAAAGUUCAAGUACAACAGCAACAACGAGCACAAUAGCAACCACAACAGCAACAACGACCACCAACCAGAUGCAUAAGAAUAUCAAUCUCUCCACGGAUUUUCUUUUCCUUAUGAAAAUGUUGCCAAAACUGGAGAGUGUUGCCGAGCCGCACAAGAACUAUGUCAGAGCUUGCAUUGAGGACAUCAUCAAUCAGUAUGCGCCUGCACAAACCACAUAUGGGGAUCAAUGAAUUAACGCAGUAUAAAAGCACGAUUUUCCGUGCUAUAAGUUGAUUAAGGUCAUAUUUAUUGAAUUUAUGUUAUGGAGUAAGAGAACCCUACGAAUGACUUACACCGGUGAUGCAGCACCAAAUGCUAUAUCCACAAAGAGGAUACUUACCCAUUAAUAUAAACAUUUAUAUAUUGGGUUGCCCAAAAAGUAAUUGCCGAUUUUUUAAAAGAAAGUAAAUGCAUUUUUAAUAAAACUUAGAAUGAACUUUAAUCAAAUAUACUUUUUUUUACACUUUUUUUCUAAAGCAAGCUAAAAGUAACAGCUGAUAACUGACAGAAGAAAGAAUGCAAUUACAGAGUCACAAGCUGUGAAAAAAUUUGUCAACGCCGACUAUAUGAAAAAUCCGCAAUUACUUUUUGGGCAACCCAAUAUUUUUCACCAAGAACACCGAUAUUAUUAUAACCAAUAUAAAAGUUUUAUUAUAUUAAAGUUUUUUUUUUGUAAUUGAAAAUAAAAAUCUCUAAGUUUUCCUUCUUUA